AUGCAGCUAACGUCUUUCUCCGCCAUCUCCUUGGGUUGGAGCAUUGUCCCACAUUCUCCUUAUACACGCGCUUCAUUUCACUUUCGCCGGAGCCGUGGUCUGCCGACCGAUGAUGAUGACCUUCAUGCCAAGAUACCGAAAGUUUGGAUGUCGCUCCCGGUUGGGCCGAUGUCACGCGCUAUUCGUCGAAGAAGGUUUCCGAAUCACUGGAGACGCCAAACGAUGUCGAUAUCAUUUGAAAUUCCAGACAAGAAGAAUUUGAAGGUUUGGAGAGAGGGGCCUGCUUCGACGACUCGUCCAUUACUGCUGCUUGCCGAUUGGAUAUUCAAAAUAUUUAUAAUUACAUACGCAUGUUUCUUGUGGGGAUUGCGAGGGGAAAACGGGUUCUCAUGGAUGUCAUGGGCAGCUCGAUUCCCAUUCGUUGCAUCUGACCAGCCGCGUAGACACGAAUGGAGUAUUUCUGGGUAG